ACGAGAUGACUUGAACACAAUCAUUAUGCUUCUGGGAUGCAAUCAGAGAGGACAUUGUUGAGGAGGUUCAAGAAUUUUUAAAAAUUAUAAUCUUGGAAGAUUCUUCUAGGAAAAGAAUCUACCUCAACAACAACUCCUUAAAUCCCAGACAAAACAUGGAGUUGUCUUCUCUGAUUGCUUCAAAUAAUAAGAAGCAUUUUGUAGUUGUGUUCAUAGGUUUAGUAUUAAUCUUCAACAUAGCCUUAAUUACUGCUGCCAAUGAGGAAAGCCAGAUUUACACGGUGCAUUUGGGUGAGAGGCAACAUGAUGAUCCUAAUCUUGUAACUGAAUCACAUCAUGAUAUUCUCGGACCGCUUCUUGGAAGCAAAGAAGCUUCCCGUGAGUCUAUGAUUUAUAGUUACAGACAUGGUUUCUCAGGCUUUGCAGCGAAACUCACAUCAUCUCAAGCAAGGGAACUUUCAGAGCAUCCGGAUGUUGUUCACGUAACGAGAAGUAAGAAUAUGAAACUAAAAACAACAAGGGUUAAUGAUUACUUGGGACUCACUCCAACUGCUCCAACCGGUCUCCUCCAUGAAACCGAUAUGGGAAGUGAAGCAAUUGUAGGAGUUCUGGACUCAGGAAUAUGGCCAGACUCCAAGUCAUUCAACGACAACGGUAUUGGACCAAUCCCGGCACGUUGGAAAGGACAAUGUGUUUCAGGAGAAGCGUUCAACGCAUCGAGCUGUAACCGAAAGUUGAUCGGAGCAACGUACUACUCAAAGGGUCUCAUGAAUAAGUAUAACGGAGCGUUCAACGCGGUAGAGAAAGGUGAGGUCAUGUCCCCUCUAGACAAAAUUGGACACGGAACCCACUGUGCAUCGACAGCCGUGGGUUCUUUCGUCCCAGACGCAAACGUGCAUGGUCUAGCUCAAGGAACCGCUAGAGGAAGUGCACCGCGGGGCCGUAUAGCCUCUUACAAAGUGUGUUGGAACAACGAGGAGUGUUUCACACCGGAUAUUGUAAAGGCCAUAGACCAUGCCAUCCGUGAUGGUGUCGAUGUACUAUCGCUCUCGCUCGGAUCUGAAGUACCAGUUGAAUUCGAGGUUGAUAGGAGUGAUUUCGCUAUUGCUGCUUUCCACGCUGUUAUAAAGGGAAUUCCCGUAGUAUGUGCUGGAGGGAAUGAUGGUCCUGAAAAACAAACCAUCUCUAAUGUUGCUCCGUGGCUCAUAACCGUCGCGGCUACGACCAUGGACAGAGAAUUCUUCACGCCCAUCACUCUUGGAAACAAUAUAACCUUACUCGGUCAAGAAGGUGUAUACACAGGAAAAGAAGUUGGAUUCACAGAUCUUCUUUACUUCGAGGACCUGACAAAAGAGGAUAUGCAAGCCGGUAAAGCUAAUGGAAAAAUCUUGUUUUUCUUCCAAACAGCCAAAUUUCAAGACGAUUUUAUAGAAUAUGCGCAAUCAAAUGGCGCUGCUGGCGUCAUUCUCGCUAUGCAGCCAUCAGAUAGUAUCGAUCCAGGCAGCGGUGAUAUCGCGUAUGCCUAUGUAGACUACGAAAUUGGGAUGGACGUUAUAUUGUACAUCCAAACCACCAAAUCGCCAGUAGCUAAGAUCAGUCCCACCAAGACUUUCGUUGGCCGACCUUUAGCGACCAAGGUUGCUAGAUUUUCCUCUAGAGGUCCCAAUUCACUAUCUCCUGCCAUUCUCAAGCCGGAUAUAGCAGCACCAGGUGCAGGAAUAGUUGCACUUAUUAGACAAAAACGCCCCGACUGGUCUCCUGCCGCAAUCCGAUCCGCUCUCGUCACAACCGCGUUGCAAACCGACCCAUCGGGAGAGCCUAUUGCAGCCGAGGGUUCCCCGCGCAAACUUGCCGACCCAUUUGACUAUGGAGGCGGCCUAGUAAACCCCGCCAAAGUAGCGGACCCGGGACUUGUCUAUGACAUGGGCCACGAUGAUUAUGUUCAUUACUUGUGCUCCGCAGGCUACGACAAUACAUCCAUCUCGAAACUACUUGGAAAAAUCUACACUUGCCCUUCCCCAAUUCCAUCAAUGCUUGAUGUCAACUUGCCUUCCAUCACAAUCCCAUACCUUAGUGAAGAGAUCACAAUAACAAGAACCGUGACCAAUGUUGGACCGGUAGGUUCGGUUUACAAAGCUGUGAUCCAACCGCCUCAAGGUAUUAACCUACAGGUGAGUCCUGAGACUCUUGAAUUCGGUUCCAACACUAACAAGAUUACCUUCACGGUGAAAGUCUCCACGACUCAUAGAGCGAAUACUGAUUAUCUCUUUGGGAGCUUAACUUGGACCGACAAUAAAGGCCACAAUGUAAGAAUCCCUCUUUCUGUGAGAACAAGAGUUUUAAACUUCAAGAUCUAACAAAAUUAUUAACAUUAUUGUAUAAUAUUUUUUAUUGUACUUCAAAAGUGUAUUAUAAUUUGUUUUCUUUCUGAGGCAAUGUAAAUGUGAUAAGAAAGCCUUUUUUUAUCACUGUGUUUGUAUUUCGCGCUUUCAUUUUAUUUACCCUCUACACUCAUGAUUUACCAAAGAAAAGAUAAAUAAAAUUAUAAUACUUAU